GGUCCUCCGGACGCCAGGCGCCGCUGCGGAGCGGGCGGGGCGCAGCGCGGCGUGUUUAUAUUCGGCGGGGCUUCGCCGCUGCCCGGGGUCGGAGACGUCCGCGCCAUGGAUACCUGCGAUCUGUUCUCCAGCUGCAGGAAGGGGGACGUGGGCCGAGUGCGGUCUCCUCUCCAGACCCCAAACCCAUCCUGACGCAGGCUCUGACCUCCUCUGCCCAGGUACCUGCUGGAGCAGCGAGACGUGGAGGUACUACGCCUGCCUCUGUGGACAUGAAGAGCUGGUGCUCUAUCUGCUAGCCAAUGGAGCCCGCUGCGAGGCCAACACCUUCGAUGGGGAGCGCUGCCUCUACGGGGCACAGAGUGAUGCCAUCCGCCGGGCCCUGCGUGACUACAAGCAGGUGACGGCCUCCUACCGGCAGCGGGACUGCUACUACCGCUUCCUGCUGCGCCUCCUGGAGCAGGGCAUCCACAGCGACGUGGUCUUCUUAGUGCACGGGAAGUCCUUCCGGGCACAUCGCUGCAUCCUGGGUGCUCGCAGCACCUACUUCGCACACAUGCUCGACACCAGAUGGAAGGGCAAGAGUGUCGUGGUCCUCAGGCACCCUCUGAUCAACCCCGUGGCCUUUGGGGCCCUUCUGCAGUACCUGUACACAGCACUGCACCCAUACCCAGGCUGCCUGGACGUCGGUGUGGAGCACGUUGGCGACUGUGAGCGUCUCGCCAAGCAGUGCCAGCUGUGGGACCUGCUCGGCGACCUGGAGGCCAAGUGUGAGUGGGCUUCCAAGCCAGGCACGUGUGUGAAGGUGCUGACCAUCGAGCCUCCCCAGGCAGACCCCCGGUUGCGGGAGGACCUGGCCCUGCUGGCCGACUGUGCCCUGCCCCCCGAGCUCCGGGGUGAUCUUGGGGAGCUGCCCUUCCCUUGCGACGGCUUCAGCAGCUGCCCUGAUGUCUGCUUCCGGGUGGACGGUUACAGCUUCCUCUGUCACAAGGCCUUCUUCUGUGGCCGCAGUGAUUACUUCCGGGCCCUGCUGGAUGACCACUUCCGAGAGAACGAGGAGCUGGAGGCCUCAGGCGGCCUCCUGGCCAUCACCCUGCACGACAUCUCACCCGACAUCUUCACCCACGUGCUGUACUACAUCUAUGGCGACCACACCGAGCUGCCUCCCGAGUUGGCCUAUGACGUGCUGCGUGUGGCCGACAUGUACCUGUUGCCAGGCCUGAAGCAGCUGUGUGGCCGUGGCCUGGCCCAGCUGCUGGACGAGGACAGCGUGGUGGGCGUGUGGCGCGUGGCCAAGCUGUUUGGCCUGGCGCGCCUGGAGGACCAGUGCACAAAGUACAUGGCCAAGGUCCUCGAGAAGCUGGCGGGGCAGCGGGACUUCGUGGAGGCUGUGAGGGAGGAGGCCGCGGCCGUGACAGCCCGGCAGGAGACAGACUCCAUCCCGCUGGUGGACGACAUCCGCUUCCACGUGGGCAGCACGGUGCAGACGUGCAGUGCCAUGGAGCAGGCAGAGCGGCGGCUGCGGGUGCUGGAGGACCUGCUGCUGUCCAUCGGCCUGGACUGCUGACGGACGGCUGCACGCGUGGUGGCUAGUGAGCCUGGGGCAUCACCGUGCCGGCAGGGGCUCGGCUGCGCUCUCCUCCCCUCUGUGCCUGGGGACCCCGGGGAGGGUCACCUUGGGAUGAGGCCUCUCCCGCAGCACAACCAGCCCCAAGGCCCUGGGGCUGGGCACCACUCAGGGAAACCUGGCGGGCGGUCUCUUAGGGCCUCCCUCCCCCAUCCCACCUGCUCCUGGCCCCUCCUCGCAUGUUUUCCUGGGCCGAGCGGGGCAAUAAAGCUUGAAUUCACCGUG